AUUGAUAUCUAUAGCACUGUAUAUAGAGGAGGCGUUGUGUUCUAGACAGCCUUCACGUAACUCGCCGUUAUAUGAAUCGAUGAUAUCUGACCACUAUGUUCGCAGGUUAAGUUGAAAUUAUAUAGUUGAGAACCAAUUGAAGGAGCAAUAAUUAGAAAUCAUAAAACCAUUAGAGAUCAGGGCAUAGGCUAUGCUAAAGAUGAAGGUGAUACUUGAUGUUGAUCCUGGCGAUGAUGAUGCCCAGGCUUUGAUGUUCAUCCUCAACAACCCAGCCAUAGAGAUCAUUGGUAUAACUUGUGUUCGUGGUAAUGUUGAGCUGGACAAAGUCUGUGUUAACAUUCUGAGAAUACUGAAAGUAUGUGGUAGACUUGAUAUUCCUGUAUAUAGAGGAGCAGACCAAUUCCUGAUGGGUGGUACUACCGAUGCUGCGGGUUUUCAUGGUAAUGACGGUCUAGGAGAUGUAGAUUGGUCUGAUGAAGUUGACAUGGAGCUUAUCCAGCCUGAACAUGCUGUGAACGCACUAACCAGAAUGGCGAGAAAGCAUUCGGGCGACGUUUCGCUGAUUACAUUGGGUCCCUUGACAAACAUAGCUUUGGCAAUUCGGAUGGAUUCAUCAUUUGGUGAACAAUUUAAAGCAGUCUAUAUGAUGGGUGGAAAUUUCGAAGGAAAGGGCAAUACGAUCCAAGCAGCAGAAUUCAACUUUUAUGUUGAUCCUGAAGCAGCAGACAUAGUUUUAUUAAAUAUGUCGUGCAAAAUAUAUAUUGUUCCUUUAGAAACGUGCGUUAGAUCCAUUUUACCAUGGGAUUUUUAUGAAAAAUGGACGAAUAUUGCUACACCUAAAGGAACAUUUAACAAGAAGAUCAGUCGCAACUCCGCCAAUCGGAUGUUAGCUGAAGUUACAUUACGAACACCGGGGUACAGAUCAUGUGAUCUAUUCGCCAUGAUAGCUUUUAUCCAUAGCGAUGUGGUUUUGGAAUCUGCGGAAGCUUCUGCCUCCAUUGAAUUAAAAGGAGAACUGACCCGGGGUCAGAUGGUGGUUGACUGGGACAACCGUUGGAGCAGCAGAUUAAAUGUCGUUAUAUAUCAAACAUUAGACGUAGAAAAAAUAAAACACCACAUGAUGAAUAUGUUUAAUUAAACAUACAUUAUGCAAGAGCCAAUUCUGCCUAUUGCAGGUCUUUCUUUAGGCCUGAAAUGUUAUCUAAAUUAUUAAUUAGACAUUAAUUAACUUAUCCAGACCAUAAUCAACUCUCGAUGUCAUCGCUAGCCUGCGAUGUUUAUUAGAUUAGGUUCCGAUUUGCUGUUCGACUUCUAUUCAUUAUUUAAUCAUGAAAUGGAUAAUCGAGACUAUGUUUUAAUCGUACCGACUUUAGUAAUGAUAAUCGAGGUUAGGCCGAAAAUUCAUCGCUAAAUUCAAAGCAAAUUCCCUUUACAUCAUUUAGUUUUCAACUAUUAUAGUGGGAACUGCCAGCUCUUUAUCUUAUCUCCCAUAAUGUAUCUUUAAGUCAUUUGUAUGAAUAUUUUCUCCCCAUGGACAGUGGCGUGCAGAAUUUUGGUGAUGCAUGGGGCCAACUCCCUGAUUGUAUGCACCAAGAUUCAAGUAUAGGGCCUAGUAAUCAGAAAUGUGAGACAGGGGGCAUUUUAAAUUCCUAUCGUUUUUUAUAGUUCAAAAUUUCGAUUUACUUGUCUUUACUACACUAGGAUCUGGAAGCGUGUUAUAUACUCUUCAAAAUAAGUAGGGGAUAUUGAAAUGCAAAUACCUAUGCAGGUUGUAAUAUGAUAAAUAGUCAUGGACACUUGACAUGCUUUGAGAGUAUGUUCACAGAUGAAGAACUUAUCGCCCCAACAGAACCACUGAGCUGCAUGUGCGACACGCAAUAGUGCCAUACACGUGGGAGGGGUUCAUUGUCAAAUUUGACACUUCAAGGAAGGGUUGAUGAAAACUGCCGCUUGCUGGUUUGUCCUAUCCAUGUUUGCUUUCCUAUCGGUUCUUGCAUAAGAUUUACUGUUUAGCGUAUCUUUGUUUUAGUGUAUUACGUUUAAUUUGAUCCGGAGACCUGUUCGUCGACGUCAAUGUCAACCGACAACACUGCAAGAACUGGCCGUGGCACCGCAAGAGGAGUGGGUCAGAUUGUCCCAAAUCGUGAUUGGACGGUUGAUUAGGAGCAUGCCAUGACGAAUUGCUGAAUGUCUGAGGAUUGGUGGAGCAAUUACUCAUUAUUAAGACAAAAAUCAAAAACGUCCAUGUUCACUUUUGACAGUGUAUAUCUUUGCGAGUGAAAUGGGGCUGUCAGAUAAGCCGCCCAUAUGAACUGUUUAUGUUCAUGUGUAGGCAAUUGACCUGUUAUUAACAUACACUGGUUACCUUUAAUAAAAACAGCAGUGCAUUUCCGCAGUUUUGUAUUGUUUCUGAAUAUCCACCUACUUUUUUUUGAAGAGUAUAUAAUCCGCCUUCUGGUUGAUGGGUGGAGUUAGCAAAUGAAACGGUCUGUUACGGUGAGUUCUUGGCGAGUGGUGCACGGAACUGUGGGUAUCCCACUAGAAACAUCAACGCUGAUUGGUUAAUCAAAUGUCUGACGUCAUAGGAUCAAAAGUCAGUCGUUUGACCCCUGACGCGACCUUCCACUACAACCUGUCAGAUCUUCAUGUAGUGGAGGCCAUCGAAGGUAUAAAAAAACCGAAACGAAAUAUAGAAUGCUCUACAGGUCACAAUUUUAUCCGAUUUUGGGGAAACUUUAAAUGUAUCUUUAUAACCAAAGGAUCUCAGCUUAUUUUCCAAAGAUCGCGGUUGUUUUCGAUAUUCGAGCAUAUCGGACCGCAAUUUCUUGGAUUGUGAUUCCUGAUUGUAGGAAAAAUCGCGAUUUUAGCUAGCGGACCCUCUAGAGGUUACAAUUUUUAUCCGAUUUUAAAAACCGUUCAAAUAUAUCACCGCUACACCAUAAUGACGUAUAAGUUUCGUGAAAAUCGGACCGAAACUGCCCGACAAAAUGACGUUCCGUGUACGCAAGUAGUAUAAAAGUAUGUAAUACCAAGUUUUUGGACCUUCUAGAGGUCACAAUUUUAUCCGAUUUUGAUGAAACUUAAAAUAUAUGUUUAUAUCCCAAAGAUCUCGGUUCCUUUUGAUAAUGACGCAUGUCGGACUGUAACAUCUUGGAUUAUGGCCCCUUAUACGAAAAUCGCUUUUUCAGCUUGUUCUCUGCCCAUCUCUUGCAACAUGUGGGCGUAUCUUGCAUGGCAACUGCUUGUCAAAUUAUCUAACGUAUCUUGUACAAAGUUAACAACGAUAAUUUCAAUUUUCAAAAAACUUAAUGUUACUCUUUGAUUGGAUGCUCACCAGAAAUGGAUGACCGAGGUCGUCGCCCCCUCACCCGUUGCACUCUACUACCCAUGGAGACACAUCCAGAUGACGACGCGACUGCCAUGUUGAUAUUUUGGCGCGCAAGGACAUGAAGUUAUCAUCUUCAAGGUUGUUUAGCUUUAACCAUUACAUAUUAUUCUGUAAGUAGCCUAAGUAUUUUAGAUUGGGACCAUGUGCAGUAGUAAAACUACAUUAUCGAGUUGUUAAUACGGUCCCCGUGCAGGCAAUAUAUUACUUUCAAUAUUGAACGAACUAUAAGGUUAAUCAAGAACAAACUGAGA